AUGUCUCCUGAUUUACUGGAAACAUUAGUAGUGUAUCUUGCUUUCGUCCUUUAUGCCAUAGGAUUUGCCUUCUUUCUGUUCAGCAUCUUGUUUCAAUGCUGGGGUUUGUUCUUUAACAGAAACCGGAACCAGCAGGUUGAUGUUGACUCAUCAGCUGGUGAUAUCGAAUCAGGUGAAACAAGUAAUCCUCCUCCUCCUCCUCCGGUUCAUGUUCUUUCAGCUAUAUCCGAAACCUGGUUACCGGAUAUUCCAGGAGCCAAGCCGCUGACCAUGUAUGCUGCUUCUGAUGAAUGUGCUAUAUGCCUGGAAGAUUUCAAGGAGAAAGAGGUUUGCUGGGUUCUUGUCAAGUGUGACCAUGUUUUCCAUAAGCCUUGCGCAGAAGAAUGGUUGAAGAGAAGCCUUUCAUGCCCCCUUUGUCGAACCAAUGCAACCUCUAUCGUUAAUGUGUAA